GUAUGAUUUGAUAUGAACUUUGAAAGGAGAAGCAGGUUUUGGAGACCUAGACAUUACCACUUUUUUUGUGGGGGAUAUGGGAGGCAAUUAAAUUUAUUUCUUUACUUAUUUUUGGAGGAGAUUCUGGGGACUGAACCUAGGACCUUGUGUAUAAGCGCUCUACCACUUGAGCUACACCCUCCCCCCUGGAAUGCACUUUUAAAUCUAUGCUCUAUCUGGCAAAUGUGGGGUGUGGAGAGAGAACUGGAGUAGGGCAAGGAUGGCAGCAGGGACUAUAGUCCAGGGGUGAGAGGAAAGUGGGGUGUAUGUUUGUACUGGUGGUGGUAGUGAUAAGUCGUCUGAUUCCAGACAUACUUUGAAGGUAUUGCUGACAGAUUUGGAGGUGGGAUGUGAGAUGAGUCAAAAGAUGAGUUAAUGGUCACUCCAGGAAGAGAGUUGCCAUUAUGAGUUAGGAGAAAAUGUUUCUGGGGAAAGGUCGAGUGUCAGAGUUGCCUAUUAGGUGCCCAGGUGGAGAUGUUGAGUAGGCAGCCAGUUGUAUGUGGCUGGAAUUCAGUGGAAAGGCUGGAGAUGUGACUCUGGGAGGCACCUGGGUAGAGGUGGCAUCUAAAGUCACAAGACUGCAAGGGAGCAUGAGUGGACUGAUAAAAGUAUGGAUAGAGACACAGAGAGGGCUGGGUCUCAGUCCUAGGGCAACCCAGGAAUAAAGGGAGACCAGGAGGAACCAGUAAAGGAAAAGCGAAGGAGGUAGAAAGCCAUCCAAGAGAGUGGUUUCCUGGACACCACGUUUAGAAAGUUUGUCAAGAAAGGAGUGAUUUGUUAUGUCAAAUGCUGCAGACAGAUCAAGAAAGAUGAACGCUGAGAGGUGACCACGGGGUCUAGCAAAGUGGAGGCCACUGGCAGCCCUGACAAGGGCAGUUUAGGUGGCGAGGUGGAGAGUGAAAUCCUGGUUGGAGAGGUGGAAAGGAAUGGGAAACAAACCUUUCUAGAAGUUUUGCUGUGAAGUGAAAUAGAAAUGAGAGGGUAGCUGGAUGGGAACUGGUAACUUUAAAAAAUAGAACAAAUUAAAAUAUGUUGCUAAAGCGUUGAGGAUAAUACAGAGAAGAGGAUGAUGGAGAAGUGGGGAGAAUUGUUGGGGGGAUAUUUUAGAGAAUAUGCGAGAGGCCAGGAUUCAGUGCACAACUGUAGGACUCGGUGUCAGUAGGUAGUUUAUACAUAGUUACAGGAGGGAGGUGUGUAGGUGGGUAAAUGAAAUGAUGUGAACUUGUGAGUUUACUGAGCUCCACGAUUUUCCUAGUGAAAUAGGAAGCAACGUUAUCAGGCAAGAGUAACGAUGGAGAAGGAAAUGAUGGUGGUUUGAUGAGAGGAGAAAUAUGGCAUAAUUCUUCAGCAUGACAGGCGGGGCCAGCCGAGGGGAAUUUGAAACCGCGUUGAAAAGAACGCGGAGACUGCUACAUUUUGUCUUGCGUUGUUAGUCCCUCAAGGCGCUCAGUAGUCUGCGUCCGUUUCCUUGGAGACGGAGACGGGAGAGGGAGCGUCAGGUCUCCCUGGAAUGUUUGAGUGGCCCUGGUUGCCGCGCGACCCACGUUGAGACAAGAAAGUUGGAGAAGCCGAGUAAAUAGACAUCCCCAAAGAUCAAGGCCCCAAGGAUUGAGGACUCUUCUUCCAUUUUCCUCAAUGGCGCGCGUCUUCCCAAAACCGAGCCACGCUGGGAUUUACUCCACAGCCCACCAGUUCCAGGUUCUGGAUUAUGUUCCACGGCAGCGGUCCAAGCAGAAAGCCAAGCCAUCUACUCUGCCUCCAAUCCUACAAACGGUUGACACUAAGAAAAGCAAAAUGAAGACUUUGCCAACCAUCCAGCCAGGCUUGCAGUCCAAGCCCACCUUGUGGAUGACAAGCCAGCUGAGGACUCCACUAGGACCGUGCAGAGGGAAGUUGGACCCUGGGAAGACACAGACCAAAAUCCAGCUACUUAGAACGAUGCUCAGGAACCGGCGAAUCUCACACCAGGAGCUCUGCAACCACGAAGACUUCCUCUCCAAGCUCACUGUGGAGCUGAUGAAGGCCAUCCAGGACAUGGAGGAGAGCUCGGCCAUGAAAGUGCGGGUGAUGCUGCAGCAGCAGGACGUUUUCUCGACCAUCAUCAACAUCUUGGAGUGCUCCAACCAGAAGAAGCUGCAGCAGAUGAAGUGUGAGCUUCAGGAGUGGGAAGAGAAGGAGGAAUCCAAGAUACACAACCUGGAGCAGCAGGUGGAGCAGCUGAAUGCCAAGAUCAAGAAGACCCAUGAGGAGCUGAGCUUCGUGAGCACUUACAAGGACCGUGAGUAUCCCAUCAAGUCGGUCCAGGUUGCCGACCUUGGGCACCAGCUGCAUCAGAUGAAGGAGAGCCAGCAGGAUGAGCUGGAGGGCCUGAGAGAAAUGUGCAGGAUGGUCUUGGCGUCCAUGUCCAACCAGAUUCAGAAGAAGAAGAAAAAACUGCUGAAGUCUCUGGUGGUGAAAAUCCAGCAUGCUAACCAGGAGGCUCUCCUGUACAAGACUUGGAACAGCCAGGCCAUACUGAAGUGCAUGGACAAGUUCAGAGAAUUUAUGGACCAGUUUGAGGAGGAAAUAACCAUCUUACGGGCCGAGAUGGAACAGCUCCAGGCUCAGAUCUGGGAACCCCGAGAGAUUGUAUUUGCGGACGUUCUGCUUCGGAGAGCCAAGUGCACCCCGGACAUGGACGUUAUCCUCAACAUCCCUGUGGAAGAGCCGCUGCCUUUCUAGAUUCCGGGGCCUUGGGCCACCCUUUUUCCCGGUCUCUUCUCCAACCUGGAGUCUUGAGUUCUCUCCUUCCAAGACCACGCCCCCAUUCAGCUCCUGGUCUGCAGUUCCUCCCUCCCUCCCUCCGUCCUUUCUUUCUGGUUGGUGCUGCUACUUGGGCGAGGUAGGAAUUCCUAGUCAAGUCCUAUUUACCAAUAAACCUGGAUUUGCA